AUGGCCCGACAGAUCUACAAGAUUAUGUCGGAAAGUGUUCUAAAGGUGGCACGCGGUUUGAAGGACGGAGAAGACUAUCGCGCGUUUGUCAAGACGAUGGUUUUUGCACCUCUGGAAUGCAUGGCCAACUUUGUGACAGGUUCCAGGAUUUUCCGGGCAGGCGUUAGAGACAGCUUAGAAGAGACUACUUUCCAGGAUUCCCUAGGAUUCUUACUGUCUGCUGGGUUCAUUGAAAGUCUGUCUGAAGAUGAGGCUUCCAUUGUCCAGCACUUCUUGACCAGUAUAGCGUCCUCGCUUGCGUUCAACCCUGACAGCCUACUGUGGGCCAUCGAUAAGGGCCUUCUCGAGAUGGUAGCAUCAAUCCUUGGAGCUUCACCUUUUCAGCAGCUCUCGGACUACGCCAGAUUGAGGGAGUCUCCCAUCUCCCGCUGUACUGGAGUCCUGCUCCGCUUGUUAGAUUCAGAGGCCACAACGGAAAAGCUGCGCGCUCACGACGCGCUGACACUUUUCAGGCCCCAUAAGCGGAAGAUCAACGGAGCGUAUUCGGAACUGAAACCUUGGAAGUAUUUCGAAAGACGAUUGGAAGGUCGGCCGGUAGAUGAGGACUGGAAGGUAAAAGCCGAGAUUAAGGAAGGAACAUGCGGUGGAAUCGUAUGCUCGUGGAAGCAGUGCAGGGCAGGCCGCAAGCCGUCUUCGGGGAAGAAGUUUGGAAAGUGCGGGGGGUGUCAAGUCGCUCGCUACUGCAGCAAGGAGCAUCAGAGACUGCACUGGUCAACCCACAAGAUUCACUGCCGGGCCGGUCAAGCAAAGAGUCCACCAUGA